AUGGAAAUGAAAGUCAAAUCCAGAUAUUCGAGCCCCGGUUCAUCCGAUCUCGACAGUGACCACUCGGAGAAUGAGAGGGGUAGAUGGGGGAGAAAGCUGGACUACAUGCUAUCCAUGAUCGGUUACUGUGUUGGUCUGGGUAAUAUAUGGAGGUUUCCCUAUCUCUGUAUGAGGAAUGGUGGAGGCGCUUUCCUGAUCCCUUUCGUCUUUUUCCUGAUGGUUUGUGGUCUACCACUGUAUUUUCUGGAAGUCUCUCUUGGUCAGUUUACAGGGAAAGGAUGUUUCCAUGUUUGGGAAGCCUGUCCUGUUUUCAAAGGAAUUGGUGUCGGAAUGUUCAAUGGUCUCUUUGUUAUCAUCCUCUACUAUAACAUAAUAAACUCCUGGACGUUGUUCUACAUGGGAAAUUCCUUUUUCUCGCCCGUCCCAUGGACCAGAUGUGACGAGGAAUGGAAUACACCAGCAUGUAUCAACGACAUACCCAAAACUACUUCUAACAGCACAAUGAUGAACGUGUCUGUUUCAUUCACUCAACUUCUCUUUGGUUCCAACCAUUCCAAUUAUUCAACAGCUGUUGAUAUCUUAAAUGGUACUAAAGAUGUUGGCACAACAAGCGAGGAACAAUUUUGGUUCAAUCGUGCUCUGGAUCUGUCUGAGGGUUUACAUGAUAUCAGUUCUUUGAACUGGCGCUUGACACUCUGCUUUUUGGCUGCUUGGAUCGUGGUUUGCCUUUGUUUGAUCAAUGGCGUUAAAUCUCUUGGGAAGGUAGUGUAUGUAACAGCCACCCUGCCGUACCUUUUGCUGACGGUGAUUCUCAUUAAAGGAUUAACAUUACCGGGUUCAAUUGAUGGCAUCCUAUUCUAUAUUCGUCCAGACUUCAACAAACUUGCCAAUGUCCAGGUGUGGUUGGAGGCAGGUUUACAGGUGUUUUACUCACUGGGACCAGGAUGGGGACCUCUCAUUACAAUGGCCAGCUACAACAAAUUUAAUAACAAUUGCUAUAGGGAUUCCAUUAUAUUAGCACUGAUCAGUGAAGGAACCAGCAUUUUUGGAGGAUUUGCGAUAUUCACAAUUGUGGGGUACAUGGCUCAUAUAGCGGGAAAACCUGUCGAAGAUGUAGUGCAAGCAGGUCCAGGACUGGCUUUUCUCGUGUACCCUGCGGCUCUUUCAGAACUCCCCUUCCCCAACGUUUGGGCAGUUGUGUUCUUUGUAAUGCUGUUUACCGUUGGAUUAGAUAGCCAGUUUGCCAAGAUGGAGACAUGCAUGACAGCUGUCAGUGACACUUUCCCGCGCCUUCGACGUCACAAGGCCCUUCUGUCAGUAGUAUUGUGCUCUUUUUUCUUCCUGGCUGGAUUGUUGUUGUGCACAAAUGCUGGUCUGUAUAUAUUCCAGUUACUUGAUUGGUACGUUGCAGCCAUUGGUGUUCCUUUAUUUGGCGUGCUCGAGUGCCUCAUUUUUGGUUGGAUUUAUGGGGCGGAAAACAUGUCACGUGACAUAGAGAUGAUGAUCGGGAGGAGUGUACCUGUUUACAUGCGAAUACUCUGGUGUAUCAUUACGCCUUUAUUGCUAAUGGUGCUCUUAAUAUUUUCGAUGUACACAUAUCGCCCACCAAUGGUUGGUUCGUAUACAUAUCCUGGAUAUGCCCGGGUCUUUGGUUGGUUUGUUGCCUUACUACCUCUUGUACCUAUACCUAUCUGCGCUUUUCGAGUCAUACGCAGAUCUAAUGGCGAGACUUUAUAUCAGAAAUUAUGUGCAUCUUUGAAACCUUCAGAAGCCUGGAGGCCAGUAUCAACAUCGGAGUCAGAGAAAUAUAAUGUUGAAGGCAGAUUUUCACCUCGAGAUAUGAAAUCCACCAUUCUUAGAAACAUUUUGGGAAAGGAAUCAUAGAAGUGUUCUGAUGUUAAGUGUUUUCCUCUAUGCUUAUUGCCUAGGGUAGAGUUUUAUCCUAUACUCAAUGACUUUAAAAACGCAAUACUGAGUACUGUUUGUUAUUUCUAUUUCACUAAUUUGAAACCUAUUUCUGGUAUCUUUGACAAUUAAAGUCUUAUAUCCAUCAAAUCAAAA